CCAAGCAUUGCAGUGUAUAUUCCCUCACACUACCCGCCUCUGGACUUUAUUUUCCAUCCCCUUGCACUUGCUCUGUCUCUCAAACCCCUACCACGUUCAGUUUGAUUGACAUAUUCGCAAUCCCUUGUUGACAUCCCACAUCGGUUCAAGAUUCGACGUACACAACAGCAACGAACAUUUACCGUCAACAGAGAGCACAGCCACAGACUUCGAACCUCUUUCCGUUUCUCUCCAGCGAACACAGAGACCAAUAUCUCGAGACUCUAUCCGGGCACAUACUCUCGCUGUUAAGCAACUACUACCUACUCUGAAGAGCUUCGGGCACCUUGGACGCCGGAAUUCCACACAGCUUCUCGAAGCCGCGCAGUUAGAAAUCUCGGAAUCGCCAAAAUGGAGAUUAUACAGAUCCUCAUCCGGGCCCUGCAGUUCCUGUGGACGCUACUCAUCACCGCGCUCAUCGGCAAUGUCAUCGCGAACAACCGCAACGGCCACAUGGCGAGCAUCAACUUCGCCAUGUUCGUCGCCGUGCUCUCGUGGCUGGCGCUUCUCUACGGCCUGGUGGCCGCCUUCAUCGAAUCCAUCGCCAUCCCCGUCGCCAUGAUCGUCCUCGACGGCCUCGCCGUCCUCUUCACCUUCAUCAGCGCCGUCGUCCUCGCCGCCAAGCUGACCGCCGUCAAUUGCGGCGGCAACUUCCACAACAAGGGCUCCGGCUGGAUCGGCUUCGGCAGCUCCAACACGGAGAAGCGCUGCCGCGAGAUCCAGGCCAGCACCGCAUUCAUGUGGUUCCUCUUCGCCUCGUUCGCCGCGAGCCUGGCCCUCGCCGCCAUCGGCUUCCGCCGCAUGGGCGGCAGCAUGCGGUCUUCCCGCCCGACCAUGUCGCAGGUCCGCGUUUGAGCGGGGAGCGUCGGGUUCAUCCCCAUCCCACGGGCUGCCAUGUUGUCGCAUACAUGCCCAAUUCAUCACUUCGUCUUGCCAAGCCUCUCGUCUAGUUGUCCGGCUCAUAAGGGCGGGAGUGAUCAUUCGCGGGGAGCGGAUGUCGCUGGCCGAGUGGCGCACUAAUGCGGAAGAAAGCUGUAUAGGAUUUGGGGGGCUAAUCGGCGUUUUGGAGGCACACUUGGAACUUGGUUCAAAGGGAACCUGUUUUGUACGUCUAAUUAUGGUCUAUGUUGAUAUGACGGAUGGGAUUGGAUGAUCCGAGUAAUUAUAUCCAGCCUCGGGCCGUGGAUAGGGAACAGGUAUACCACUCUAGGGCUAGAGCUGCGAUAUAUAGCACAAUCAAUUCAAGUAAAGGAAUAUCCAAUAGCCUUGAUUCGGGAUGGACUAUUUGUGUACAAGAUCGACUUCAUGGCUGACUGGGCAUGCG